AAUUGAAUUUGGUGAAAAUUGUGGAGUAGGUCCCACUUAUAAUCAACCCACUCAUAAUGGAAUUGUGUUGCACGGCCAAAGAGAUAGGUUCAAUGUUAGUGAUAUUAAGCCAAAUAGCAAUUUUAUAUAAAAAUAAAUAAAAAAUAAUACGAUUAAAUGAUAAUGGGACAAUAAAUACCCAUCAGAUUAAACCGGGACAGCACUGUUUCUCUGCUCUGGCUCUGUUCUUUCCCUGUUUUAUACGUAGUCCUCUCUUGCUCUCUUUGAUUCUCUCUCUCUCUGCGCCUAGAAAAGGACAAAUAGAAACAAAAUUAUAUAAAGAAACAAACCCAGGACAGUUUUCAGAACCUCUUGGUGCGUGUCUUCCUCUGACAAGCCAAACAUGUCGUCUACUUCUUCAUCUUCUAAUUGGGUGCUGUCUUCCAUAAAAUUUCAUUUCCUUGCUCGCAUCAAAUGGUUUCUCAAACCCAAAGCGACACGAGUAAGCUCUGACCCAUCUGAACAACUCGACAUAUCAAUUACCAAAGCCAACAGCAACAUCGACAAGGUUGAGAGUUGUGAAUCAGCAACACAAGUUAUGGAGAAACAGAGUGGUGAAGAUGAGGGGUCUGAAAUAUCGUUGAAGAGGUGUGUGAAGAAGCUUCACUUUGGCAGCUGGGAAGAGAAGGAGGCGACGGCAAAAGAGAUUGAAAGCUUAGCCAAAGAAGAUGUAAGAGUAAGAAAGCUAAUAACAGAGCUCGGAGUGGUGCCGGAGCUGGUUUCAAUGGUGGCGUCAGAGGUGGCUGGCCGGCGGCGAGCAGGGCUGAAGGCGUUGAUCCAGCUCGCUCAUGGAAGUUACAAAAACAAGGCUUUGAUAGUGGAGGCAGGUAUAUUCCUCAAACUGCCAGAAAGAAUUGACCUUGCAGAUGAAUCAACAAGAAGGGACUGCGCAGAGCUGCUCUUAUCUUUGUCUUCUCUAGCAAACAGCCAAUUUUCUCUUGCUUCAUCAGAUUUUCUCCCAUUCAUUAAACACAUUCUAGAAUCAGAUUCAAAUGUUGAUACAAAACAAUCAUGCCUGGGUGCCUCGUGCAACCUCUCAACUGUGCUAGAGAAUGUGGGGCCUCUGGUCUCUGCUGGGAUUGUGCCAAUCCUCUUAGAACUAUCCUCCAUUAAAGAAAGUUCAGAGAAAGCACUUGCCACUCUGGGGAACUUGGUGGCGACCUUGACGGGGAAAAAAGCAAUAGAAAAUAGCUCACUGAUGCCAGAGAGCUUGAUAGAGAUUUUGACAUGGGAGGAUAAACCAAAAUGCCAAGAGUUAUCAUCUUAUAUUCUGAUGAUUCUAGCUCACCAGAGCUCAUCACAAAGAGAGAAGAUGGCACAAGCAGGGAUUGUCCCUGUGCUGCUUGAGGUGGCUCUGUUGGGGAGCCCAUUAACUCAGAAGAGAGCACUAAAGCUACUGCAAUGGUUCAAGGAUGAGAGGCAAUCAAAGAUGGGGCCACAUUCCGGGCCACAAACACCAAGAAUGGCAACGGGCUCACCUGUAAAUCAAAUGGAAGCAAAAGAGGGAAAGAGAAUGAUGAAGAGCUUGGUGAAACAAAGUUUGCAUAGGAAUAUGGAAAUUAUUACUCAGAGAGCCAAUGCCUCUGGGGAUCCUACCCAGUUCAAGUCAUUGGUUAUCAGCACAAGUUCCAAGAGUUUGCCUUACUAGAAGUGGUUUUGUUUUGUGUUUCAAGUGUAUCAAUUUUUCUUCUUUAGAAUUAGAAUUCCCUGAUCUGUGCUGUACUUUCAUCAGCAGCCAUUAACGGAUCAGAACAUCAUACAUUUAAAGAAAUAUCACAUUUCUUGCCGUACAUCCUCACCUAGAGGCUACGGGUAAAGGAAAACUUUACCAUGUCAUCUUUUUUUAACAAGGCAAAAGAUCUGUUAUCUUAAA